AUGGAUUUGGUGGCAGUUCAGACCAUGGACAUCCUCAUGCUCUUUGGUGGCAAUAUUGACCACAAACAGACCCAGGAUACAGGAAAGAUAAAGCAUUUUUGUUUUCUUUCAGAUGGCGUAUGUGUCUUUCCAUUCUGGUAUAGAAGUGAAAUAUUCUAUGACUGUGUCACUUUCAAUGUGAAACACAAGUGGUGUUCAUUGAACAAGACUUUUCAAGGUUACUGGAAGUACUGUGCUCUUUCAGACUAUGCUCCAUGUGCCUUUCCUUUCUGGUACAGACGUAUGAUCUACUGGGAUUGCACAAAGGAUGGGGACAUGUUUGGAAAAAAGUGGUGUUCACUCACCCCAAAUUUCAACAAAGACCAUGUUUGGAAAUAUUGUAUAUAG